AUGUAUGACCUUACAAAGUAUGCGGCCUACAUUGAUCUGGCCAUUCAGGGUCUGUUCAUUCAGUCAGUUGAUGAAUCAAUCAUCAAUAACAUGUUCCAGUCGUACACAACCGAGAUCAAACAGUUCUUCACCAUCAAGAGUAAUGUCCACGAGAUUCGUAUUGUACACAACUUCAACUUUAUGAUCAAUUGCAUCGUUCAAUCAUUCGUCCCGGAUCACCUGGUGCCAGCAAUGAUCGGCAGAUCCUCAAUUCAAUUUGCCUACAACAAGGUCACAUUCAUGUCAACUUGCAAAGACAAAUCUAGAGCGUCAGUCAAGUUCAUCGACCUCAUGUUGGAAAGAUAUUGUGGGAUGCAAAUGAACAAUGACAAAUCCUUCCAAGAAGACACACUCUACUUUCUGGUCAUCAAUGUACUUGGUUUCGGCCUCUGUGGCCCAGCAUUCCAUCUGCUCCGAUCUCUGUACUGUCUCCGGAUCAAUCAUGAAGAUGUGUACAAACUAGCCAAAUUAAGAUUGAGACCGAUCACCCACAACAAGGACAACGACGAUGAUUGUUCCAAACAUCGCCAGCUAUUCAAGGAGUACAAGGAAAAUUUACUAAUCAACCGAACAUACAUUAAGAUAACUGCAUUGGUAUUACCAAAACUACCACCACUGGUACUCAAUCACAUUGUAAGCAUGGCCAUUCGAUUUGGAUUCAAAAAGGACACUCGGUUGAGUCAGAGAUGGUUGGUCUCAUUGGCAUUGGUCAACUGUCGUUUCCUCAAGUCGUGCAUGGUGACAUUGUCCACCUUUCCCAUCCCAUCAUUGAUCAUCCACGACAACAUACGAGUUUCAUCAAAGUACUGUCUGUUCAAGAUGCCACCACUCCAUCUCAGAAGUGAUGAGAUCAAGUGUGUUCCACACAGGAAGCGUCCAUUGUGUGCCGAGCGAUUGGUCAGCUUGACCAUCCCAUUCUCCAUUACUGAUUACCUGCUUGUCAAAGGAUCAUUACCCAAUCUCAAGACAAUCAACUUUGAAGAGGUUGAGUUUGUUCCAAAUCCUCGCAAGUGGAUCGACAAACGAGAGGACAUUGGUGUGGAGUUCAUCAUGCUAGAUUCAAGUUUGACCUAUCCCGUCAUAUUCGAUCGGCUGCUCAGUGCACACAUCAAGAAUAGACAUGGACUCCAAUCAAUCAACAUUACAACCAAUUCAAUUGAUAAUCCUUUUAGUGACAUUAAGGACAUUCAUCCCCAACAGCAAUACUCGACGAUCAAUCUAAAGUGCCAUGUCAAUCGUUUGGAACAAUAUCAGCCGUCCACAUCACCAACAAUGUUUGACACAUUGUCACACAUCUCAUCGAUCAAGAUUAGAUACAUAGACAUUCCACUGUUGCACAUGAUGACCAACCUCAGCAGUCUGCAUCUCCAGUUCAAUCAAACAGCUCAAGACAAUGGUAUAGUUGACAAACUUCAACAGUUCUACGCUGUAUCACACACUCUCAACAACCUUGAGCUCCGUUUGGCAUCGGAGAAUGUGAUUCACUUGUUACCUCAUUACCAUACGGCACCAAUCAAAUCACUUACGCUGGCCUUGAAUGACAUUGAUCAAUUGGCCGUACUCAGUGCCAAGGGCAAGCUGGACGAUCUGUUUGGUACCAUAGCUACACACCUCCAAAACACUGUGAUCAAACAGUUAGAAUACCUCACGAUCUACAUGAUAAAGGAGACCAACAUAGGUGAUAGCAUCAUUCCAUUCAACAUCCAAUGUCUGUCAGCAUUGACCACAGCACUCCAACUGCAUUGCAUCGAUGAUCAUCAUCCAAUAAACCUCUACAGACUCGUUGAGUAA